UGGGCUCAAUAGUUAGGUUUCAUACAUUGUUGGAUUUAAAAAAAUUUCAAUAAAUAUUCUUUUGUAGAUUUUAGUUUGUAGAUUUACUCAUUUGUUAAAAUUUUCUACAGAGAAUACUGAAGUACCAUGCAAUAUUCAAAUUCUGAGGUGAAUACAAAGAGUUUGUGUGAAGAGAUAAACAUUCUUACCCGACAUAAGAAGAUCCAAACACUCCAAAUUACAAACCAAGUGGUCCCCACCUGCAGUGAACUGUGUAAACGUUCUUGUGGUUUGUUUUUAUUCGUCAAAUGUUUGAGAGAAAGUCAGUUGGUGAAGAUUCUGCUACAGAUCUUCUGAGUUUGCAACAUGCACAAAGCACUAAAUGUUCACAGAAACCACCACAUGUACAUGUACACUUAACCAAAGAUGCAAAAUCACUUUUAUCUUAAACCAGACCACACCCACAGAUUGCCUAACAUGACAGGAGGAACCCAAAAGCAGCAGGCAAAAAAAGUGUAUAGUUGUGAAUAUAUUGAGACAAAAACCAGAGUCCAAUUUACAAAUGGAACAGCCAAAUGAUGCAACGAGAAGACAUGAGGAAAUCAGAAAAAAACAUGAAGGAAGUGACAAGACUGAUGUGAGCUGGUUAAGUAAGCAUGCAGCAAAGACACAGCAUUGAAAGACACAGAAUAACGUAAUCCCAAUAAUUUAAAUCAAACAAAAAACAGCCCAGGAUCAUGGAGUCGGUUCUAUCAGCAUCUCUGUAUCAACAAGAAGCAGUUUGGCUUUUAGAGCAAACUAGAUGUAGAAGUUAAAUGCUUGCAUAAAACCCAAAUAAAAGUUAGAAUGCAAGUGAAGAACAAAUGGGGAAGCCGGAAAGAAGAAGUAAUCAUAUCACAACUUAGAAAUAGCCAUAGAGGACUUAAUAGUUCUCUUUUUCAUAAAGGCAAACAUGAAACGGGGACUUAUUAUUGGAAUCAGAUGGAAACAGUGGAACAUGUCUUAUUAGAAUGCAAUAAAUAUUAAGAGGAACGUCAGCGUUUAAAGUCAAUACAAAAUAGGAAAAGAGAUUUUCUGAUAAAUCUUUUAAGAAAUGAAUCAAAAUCUAUCUGAAAUCAAAUUAGAUUUUUAAAAACUACUAAGUUAUUUAAUCGCUUUUAAAAGUAUAUGUGUGGGUAUGUGUAUGUGCAUACAUAUAUAUGUGUUUAUGAACGUCUGUGUGCGUGUGUGUAUGAAUUUGCACACUCAUACACACCAUUGAGGUGCGUAUUGUUAAAUUCCCUCCGAGUAUCAGUGAUGACCACACUCCAGUACAGUAGGUGGCGGUAAAUGCACUUUAAGUUGGUUGCCAUUCGCCAAUAAAAUACAAAAGAAGAAAAAAGAACAAACGGGAUGGAAAGCGGAACCAAAAUAUGCGAGUCGGCUUCAGUUUCCCCCCGGCGUGUAAACAACUACGGAACGCAGCGGAAGAAGGUCCACCGUGCAGAAAGGCUGACCAUGUGCUAACUGCGUUAGCGUUCUGCUGCUACGUCUUCGUUUACUUUCCAACAUGGAAAACAUUACAGACGGGACAUGGGACAGCUUACCUGUUCGACUAAACGAGAAGAUUUUACAAACACUUGAGGAAAUGAAAUUUACUUACACGACACCUGUACAGUCUGCUUGUAUUCCACUGUUCAUGAACAAUAAAGACGUGGCUGCUGAGGCGGUCACCGGCAGUGGGAAGACUUUGGCUUUUGUCAUUCCUAUUAUAGAGCUGCUGCUGAAACGUGAGGAGAAACUCAAGAAGAAGCAGGUCGGUGCUCUGGUGAUCACUCCCACACGAGAACUGGCCCUGCAGAUAAGUGAGGUGAUGGGAAUGUUUAUCCAGAAGUUUCCAGAGUUCACGCAGAUUUUGCUGAUUGGUGGCAGCAACCCAGCAGAAGACGUGGAGAAGUUUAAAGAGCAUGGCGGCAACAUUGUGAUUGCGACGCCUGGCCGCCUGGAGGACAUGUUCAGGAGGAAGUCAGAGGGGCUGGAAUUGGCCAGCGCGGUCCGGAGCCUGGAUGUUCUGGUUCUGGAUGAGGCCGACAGGCUGCUUGACAUGGGCUUUGAGGCCAGCCUGAACACCAUCCUGAGCUACCUGCCCAAACAGAGACGGACAGGCCUGUUCUCAGCCACCCAGACUCAGGAGCUGGAGAAGCUGGUGAGGGCCGGCCUCAGGAACCCCGUCCGUAUCACCGUCAAAGAGAAGGGUCAGGCUGCCUCGGCCACCCAGAAGACCCCGGCCCGCCUCUCCAACUACUACACUAUUUGCAGAGCAGAGGACAAGUUCAACAACCUGGUGGCGUUUCUAAGGCAACACAAGCAUGAGAAGCAGCUGGUCUUCUUCAGCACCUGUGCCUGUGUGGAGUUCUUCGGCCGAGCCCUGGAGUCGCUGGUCAAGAAGGUCACGAUCCACUGCAUCCACGGCAAGAUGAAAAAUAAGCGCAGCAGUAUUUUUUCAGACUUCAGGGCCUUAAAGAGCGGGAUCUUGGUGUGCACCGACGUCAUGGCCAGAGGCAUCGACAUCCCCGACGUGAACUGGGUUCUGCAGUACGAUCCUCCCAGCAGCGCCAGCGCUUUUGUGCAUCGAUGCGGGAGAACGGCACGUAUUGGUAACCACGGCAACGCCCUCGUCUUCCUGCUGCCAAUGGAGGAACCGUAUGUCAACUUCUUGUCCAUCAACCAGAAAUGCCCGCUACAGAAGAUGUCUCCUCUAAAGGACGUGGUGGACGUGCUGCCCAAGGUGAAGGCCAUGGCGCUGGCCGACCGCGCCAUGUUCGACAAAGGCAUGAGGGCCUUUGUGUCGUACGUCCAGGCUUACGCCAAACACGAAUGCAGCCUCAUCUUCAGAGUAAAAGAUCUGAAUUUCGUGUCCCUGGCCAACGGCUUCGCUCUGCUCCGCCUGCCGAAGAUGCCCGAGCUGAAGGGGAAAACGUUUCCCGACUUUGUGGAGACGACGGUGGACACGAACAGCAUCCGCUACAAGGACAAAAACAGACAGAAGCAGAGGCAGAAGAWGCUGGCCGAGCUGAAAGAGAAGAAGAAGAUGGAGCUUCCCAAGAAGAACUUUGUCAAGAACAAGGCCUGGUCCAAGCAGAAGACCAAGAAGGAGCGCCGGAAAAAACGCGCCGCCAAAAGGAAACACGAUGAGGACUCCGACAUGGACGAAGAAUACAUGAAGGAGCUUUUAGAAGACACUCGCCUCCUUAAGAAAUUAAAAAAAGGCCAAAUCAGUGAGGAAGACUUCGAGCAGCAGCUCACAAACUCAAAGCAGGAAGCAGGUGGACCAUAAACGUCAGUUUUAUUGUUUA